GUUCGUAUAAAACUCUUUGAAAAGGAAAUAACAUUUCGUGUCAUGUGACUAGAAUUAAAAUUCCAAAUAAAUAAUUUGUCCAAAUAUAACUUUAAUGAAAAGAAGAGGAAAAAAGUGAAUGAGUCCAAAGCAAAGACUUCUACAAAUAGGAAAACAGAAUGAGAGUUGAAGCACUUCAAAGCUUUUAAGCUCUCUCUCUCUUCUUUUCUCUUCUCUUCUCUUCUCUUCUCUCUCUGAAGAAUACUACUAAGCAAGUUUUAAUUGGAUGGAAGAAACUCAACAACAACAACAACAACAACAACAACAAGAACUGACGCAAGAACAGAUACUGGAGUUUAAAGAGGCCUUUUGUCUCUUCGACAAAGAUGGUGAUGGUUGCAUCACUGCUGAUGAACUUGCCACUGUGAUCCGCUCAUUGGAUCAGAACCCGACCGAACAAGAACUUCAAGAUAUGAUCACUGAGAUCGACUCUGACGGCAACGGCACCAUCGAAUUCUCGGAGUUUCUCACCCUCAUGGCUAACCAAAUCCAGGAAACUGAUGCAGAUGAAGAGCUGAAAGAAGCAUUCAAAGUGUUUGACAAAGACCAAAAUGGUUACAUCUCUGCCAGUGAGUUGAGGCAUGUGAUGAUCAAUCUUGGGGAGAAGCUAACAGAUGAAGAGGUUGAUCAAAUGAUAAAGGAGGCAGAUUUGGAUGGUGAUGGCCAAGUCAAUUAUGAUGAAUUUGUCAGGAUGAUGAUGACCAAUGGUUAAAUCCUAAAUCAAUUUUACUCUUCAUUGUAUUAUUAUUUUUAUAAAUUGGUUUAAUCCUUUUUUUUCUUUUCGGAAUAUCGCAUUUCACUGUUCCAAUUAAAUUAAUUUUAAGCUUUUAUACUCAAUUGAACAAGUAGAUUUUUCUUUUGGCGUGUGAAUUCUUAAUAUGUAUCUGAUGUAUAGUGUGUUUCUUUCAAAUUUUAUUUAUCA